AUGGCAGCGAGGGACCGGUUCGGUGCCUUUGCUGACCUGGGGCUCACGCCGGUCCAGCGCGCAGUCCGACAUGCCUGCGAUAUCUCCCAGUACGAGCCCAACCUCGCCCUGAACCUCGAAGUUGCGGACCUGAUCAACUCCAAGAAAGGCAAUGCUCCUCGAGAAGCGGCCUUCGAAAUCGUCUACCUGAUCAAUUCCCGGAACCAGAAUGUAUCGUUACUUGCGCUGGCGCUGCUCGAUAUUUGUGUCAAGAACUGCGGAUACCCCUUCCACCUCCAGAUCAGCACCAAGGAAUUUCUGAAUGAGCUGGUACGACGGUUUCCCGAGAGGCCACCUAUGCGACCGUCUCGGGUGCAGCAUCGCAUUCUCGAGUCCAUUGAGGAGUGGCGGCAGACAAUCUGCCAGACGUCGCGGUAUAAGGAGGAUCUGGGUCAUAUAAGGGAUAUGCACCGGCUACUGCUUUACAAGGGUUAUAUGUUCCCGGAGAUUCGUGCUGAUGAUGCGGCGGUUUUGAAUCCUAGUGAUAACCUCCGAUCGGCUGAGGAGAUGGAGGAGGAGGAGAGGGAGGCGCAAUCGGCGAAAUUGCAGGAGUUGAUUCGACGCGGUACACCGGCGGACUUGCAAGAGGCCAACCGGUUGAUGAAGGUUAUGGCAGGAUACGAUAAUCGACACAAGACGGACUACCGGGCUAAGGCAGCCGAAGAGGUCGCCAAGGUCCAGCAAAAAGCCAAGAUCUUGGAGGAGAUGUUGGAGAGUCACAAGCCUGGGGAUCCCAUCGCGGAAGGUGACGUAUUCGAGGAACUCGCGAAUGCGCUCAUAAGUGCUCAUCCGAAGAUCCAGAAGAUGUGCGAAGAGGAAUCGGAUGAUGCCGAGGCCGUUCGCAAGUUGUUGGAGAUCAAUGACAGCAUCCACCGCACUAUUGAACGGUAUCGAUUAGUCAAGAAGGGUGAUGUUGAUGGAGCAGCACGUAUUCCUAAGGGUACUCUGGGCACGACGACGGGUGUGUCCAAGAAUGCGAAUAAUGAAUUGUCUUUGAUCGAUUUCGACCCGGAGCCUAGCCCCAGUGCCGGUGGAUCACAGCAGGCCACGCCUACACAGGGAGGCAAUUCAUUGGAAAACGAUCUGCUUGGACUAUCGAUGGACGAUCAGGUGCCUUCUGGGGGAAUCUCCUUAGGACCUACUAUUCCACCGACCAACCCGCUCAAUCAGCCAUCUCCGGCACCGCCAGUGCAACAAGUCCCAGUAUCUUCUAAGCCCAACUUCGACAUCCUGUCGUCGUUGAGCUCUCCGCAACCGACCCCCCAGGCUCCACUCUCUAUUCCUGGAUUUUCACAGCCAUCACAGCCGCCACCCCAACAACAAGCACCAGCAGCAGACCCAUUUGCAUCCCUGAUAUCCGGCAGCUCUCGAGGCUCAAGUCCGUUCUCCCCGACCGUAGGCCAAACGCCACCGGCAAUGACUCGGAGCGGAACCCCCGCUCGGCCGGCAGCACAGCCGAAGGAAGAGGACGAAUGGGACUUCACCUCAUCGCUACCAGAAAGCAGCAGCACGCUGCCGAGCACAAACAAAGUGGCCGUGCUGGACUCGUCAUUGCGAAUUGAGUUUGUGGCACGGCGACAUCCGUCACAGCCACGAUUGAUUCACAUAGUGGGAUCGUUUUCGAACCGCACGAAUCAGCCGAUACAGGAGCUGCACUUUCAGGUGGCCGUGGAGAAGGCAUAUCGUUUACAACUCCGACCGCAAUCUGGCCGGGAGAUCUCCGCGCUGCAGCAGAACGGCGUCCAGCAGGAGAUGUUAGUAGAUGGGGUUGAGUCUGGGCAGGGUAGCUCAGUGAAGAUGCGGUUCCGAGUAUCGUAUGUGGCAGGUGGACAGAGGAAGGAGGAGCAGGGGAUGGUGCCACCAUUAGGAAUCUCUUAG